GUGCGGGAGGCGUCCGGAGUUUCACUUUGAAACUUUUCGGGGGCGGGACCCGCCGGUCAGGUGCAGCCGCCGCGCGGGCGCCGCAGGGAGGCCUGGAAAGGCCGUGCGGCCCGGUCCUGGGGUCGGGAGAGCCCAGCAGGAAGUGAGUGGCAGGCCUGAGGCAGCUUGGGAGGCGGCCGGGACUGUUCCUGUCUCUGCCGGCACUGGCUGAGGACCUCGCCCAGGGACUCGCCCGCAGUCCUUCCUUCCCUGGGCGUCUGGGAGGAGGGGCACGAUGAACAACUCCCUGAUCCUGGAGCUGUGGCGGUCCAAGGCGGUGUCCGUGCGUGAGCGGCUGGGCAUCGGGGACCAGCCCAAUGACUCGUACUGCUACAACACGGCCAAAAACAGCACCGUGCUCCAGGGGGUCACCUUCGGGGGCGUCCCCACCGUCCUGCUCAUAGACGUCAGUUGCUUCCUGUGUUUGAUCUUGGUGUUUUCCAUCAUAAGAAGGAGAUUCUGGGAUUAUGGCCGUAUCGCCCUGGUGUCAGAAGCAGACAGCGACUCCAGGUUCCAGAGACUGUCAUCAUCGUCCUCUUUUGGGCAACAAGAUUUUGAAAGCGAGCUGGGAUGCUGUCCCUGGCUGACUGCCAUCUUCCGCCUGCACGAUGACCAGAUUCUGGAGCGGUGUGGGGAGGACGCCAUCCACUACCUGUCGUUCCAGAGACACGUCAUCUUCCUGCUGGUGGUCGUCAGCUGCUUGUCCCUGUGCGUCAUCCUGCCCGUCAACCUCUCGGGUGAUUUGCUGGACAAAGACCCUUACAGCUUUGGGAGGACGACCAUCGCAAACCUGCAGACGGACGAUGACCUCCUUUGGCUGCACACCGUCUUUGCCGUCAUUUAUCUCUUCCUCACCGUGGGCUUCAUGAGACACCACACCCGGUCCAUCCAGUACCAGGAGGAGAACUCGGUGAGGCGGACCUUGUUCAUCACGGGACUCCCCCGAGACAGCAAGAAGGAGACGGUGGAGACCCACUUCCGGGACGCGUAUCCCACGUGUGAAGUGGUGGACGUACAGUUGUGCUACGACGUGGCCAGGCUGAUUCACCUGUGCAGGGAGAGGAAGAAGACAGAAAAGAGCCUGACCUAUUACACGAACCUGCGGGCAAAGACAGGCCAGUGGACCCUCAUCAACCCCAGGCCCUGCGGCCAGUUCUGCUGUUGCAAAGUGCCGGGGUGCGAGUGGGAGGAUGCCGUCUCCUACUACGCGCGCAUGAGGGACAGGCUGCUGGAGAGGAUCGCGGACGAGGAGCGCCGGGUGCAGGAGCAGCCCCUGGGCAUGGCCUUCGUCACCUUCCAGGAGAAGUCCAUGGCCACCUACAUCCUCAGAGACUUCAACGCCUGCAAGUGUCAGAGCCUCUGGUGCAAAGGCGAGCCCCAGCCGUCCUCCUGCAGCGCGGAGCUCCGUAUCUCCAAGUGGACGGUCUCCUUUGCCACGUACCCCGAGGACAUCUGCUGGAAGAACCUCUCCGUCCAGGGCUUCCGCUGGUGGCUCCAGUGGCUGGGCAUCAACUUCACUCUGUUCGUGGGGCUCUUCUUCCUGACCACCCCCGCCAUCAUCCUGUCCACCAUUGACAAGUUCAAUGUCACCAAACCCAUCCGUGAGCUCAACGACCCGGUCAUCAGUCAGUUUUUCCCGACCCUCCUCCUGUGGUCCUUCUCGGCCCUGCUCCCCACCAUCGUCUACUACUCCACGCUGCUGGAGUCUCACUGGACCAAGUCAGGAGAAAAUGAGAUCAUGAUGUCCAAGGUCUAUAUAUUCUUGAUCUUCAUGGUGUUGAUCCUGCCGUCCCUCGGCCUCACCAGUCUGGACUUUUUCUUCCGGUGGCUCUUUGACAAAACUUCCUCCGAAGCCUCUAUCAGGUUGGAGUGCGUCUUCCUGCCCGACCAGGGCGCCUUCUUUGUGAACUACGUCAUCGCCUCGGCCUUCAUUGGCAACGGCAUGGAGCUGCUGCGGCUGCCGGGCCUGGUCCUCUACACCUGCCGCAUGGUCGUGGCCAAGACGGCCGCCGACCGCAGGAACAUCAAGCAGAACCAGGCCUUCCAGUACGAGUUCGGAGCCAUGUACGCGUGGAUGCUGUGCGUCUUCACCGUCAUCAUGGCCUACAGCAUCACUUGCCCCAUCAUCGCGCCCUUCGGCCUCACCUACAUCCUGCUCAAGCACCUGGUGGACCGUCACAACCUGUACUUCGCCUACCUCCCGGCCAAGCUGGAGAAGAGGAUCCACUUGGCGGCCGUCAACCAGGCCUUGGCCGCCCCCAUCUUGUGCCUCUUGUGGCUCUAUUUCUUCUCCUUCCUGCGCCUGGGUCUGAAGGCCCCCCUCACCCUGUUCACCUUCCUGGCCGUCCUGCUCACCAUCCUGGUCUGCCUGGCCUACACCUGCUUCGGAUGCUUUAAGCACCUCAGCCCUCUGAACUACAGGACGGAAGAAUCGGCCAGCGACAAAGGGAGCGAGGCCGAGGCCCACAGGCCACCGCCGUUCACGCCCUACGUGCCCCGGAUUCUGAGCGGCUUGUCCUCGGAGAGAACGGCCCUGUCCCCACAGCAUCAGCAGACUUAUGGCGCCGUCUGUGACAUCAGUGGAACCGUCCUGGGGCAGUGUCCCGCCCAGGGCCCUGCGGACAGCGACAGUGACAGCAGGCCGGCUGCCAACCAGGAGGCCUGAGGGCGGCCGGGCCAGGCUCGGAGGACGUAGAGGAGGAGACCCAGGUGGAAAAGCGGCUUGACUCGGGCCCCAACCAGGCCCAGGACUACUUUGACCUGUGUGAAGCACACCUGCUCUGGGAAGACGGACCCAGAAAGGUUCCCCGGGCCCUCGGCCGAGGAAGACAGGGUGGGGCCGCCACGCAGGGAAUGGCGGCCUUUCUGGUCACAGCAGCGGGGAGGGGGGCCGGCGCGUGCGGGGGACUCUGCGUCUCCGGGUCCCCCUUCUGCAUAAACGUCCCGGCUCUGUAGCUGGGACACAUCCCUGGUGACUCCGCAGGACCACAUGUGGGAACGGUGCCCCAGCAGCCCCUGCGGCUGUCCCAGGUACCCGGGAGGACACAGCGAAGGGCUGCUCCUCUGUGAGGACGGACUGCCCGCCACUUCUGGGCACACACCCAGCUGAUAACCAAAGAGCCUGCGCGCAGCUCCGGGCGGGUUCCUUCCAGACCCCCCCCCCAUCACCGCAUCCAGCCGUCUCCCACCCAUCGGGGCUGCACCGCGGGAGCAGGAAGGGACCAGGCUCCUUGUUUCUGUAUCACACUGCCAGUGACAGUGGCUGGGUCAGGUCACCCUGCAGCAGGCAAGGGCAGGAGGACCACGAAUAAAGCGCUCAUUCGGCCAGA